UUCAUUAUGACAAAAUUAACAAAGCAGACGAAGAAUAAUAAACAGAAUUAUUUGGCCAUCUCCUAUUGCAAUUCAAUAUUAUCUAUAAAUGAAAAAAGGAAAUAUCUACGGCCGUUCUUCCAAAUUCUCAUCAUUUGUGGCGAUACUUGCCGAAUUGAUGUUCAGACAUUGUCAAACUGUCGAGUUUGCGUUCAAGUUUUCGUUGAUCGCAUAGUUGGAGAAGUAUUUGCCAUGGCAGUUGAAUCAGCCCCAAUCGCCGCAGCGGGUAGCCCGAAGAAAGCGAAAAAAGGAGCAGGUGGACCAAAGAAGCCAAAGUCGAAGCCCACUCAUCCGCCAACCUCUUCUAUGGUGGAUGCUGCAAUCAAGGCUUUAAAGGAGCGUGGAGGUUCGUCGCUCCCUGCUAUUAAGAAGUACUUGGCAGUCAACUACAUGGUAGAUGUUGAAAAAUUGGCUCCUUUCAUCAAAAAGUACCUGAAGGGUGCGGUUGCCAGCGGGAAAUUAAUCCAACCAAAAGGCACGGGUGCUUCCGGUUCAUUCAAAUUGCCCGCGAAAGAAAAGAAAGAAAAAUCAACUAAAAAACCAGCAGCAAAGAAACCUAAAGCUGCGGCUAAGCCAAAGAAGACAGGCGAAAAGGAAGCAGCAAAACCUAAGAAGAUUGCAUCACCCAAGAAGAAGGCAGUUGGCGCCGCGAAAGCAGCGAAAAAAUCUGGAAGUGUGAAAGCGAAGGCACCCAAGGAGAAAAAACCAAAGGCUGCGAAAGUAGCAAAGAAGGCACCAAAGCCAAAGACGGCAGCAAAGAAAGCCGCUCCCAAGAAGACAGCGGCUAAGAAGUAAAUUUUUCAAAGCUUGGCCUACGCAUGUGGAGAUCAAUAA